AUGUCGCAACAACCGGCAACCCCGAUGUUCAUCAAUAUUCCUCCUACGCCCUCCAAUCCCGACACCCCAAGCGACAUGCCCGGUACUCCGAACAGCAGCACCACCUCCAUGUCCGCGCUGUCCACCACCGCCAUCAAAGACGGCCACCGCGGCCAUGCCCACCUCGCAUUGGGCGGUCCAAGAGGCCAUGCCCAUCAUCCCUCCACCAACAGCCUAGAUGCCGAGCGCGCAGAUCGCAUCAGUCGCCUUGCCGGUCUCGAGCGCGUCUCUACCCUGCGCGCGACAAACCAGCAGCAAAGCGGAAAUUCUGCUUCUCCACAGACCACUCCGACUUCGACGGGCUUGCCCCCUCAUAAUCUACCCACCAACCUUACACCGGCUUACUUUGACCAGAACGGCCAGCCCACUGCUAUAACCAAAAUGAGCACCGUCGGCACCGCGUCCGCCACAGGUAGUGUCGGCGCGCGGACCACCACCGAAGCCGGCGAACAGUUCGAGAUGGAUGCCGAGAUGACGGAGGUCGACGAGGAUGGCAUGAGCAUGGACACCAACUACCGCACAAUGGAUGUGGACUCCACCUCGGGUGCCAUGGAUGACGAGAUGGCAAGCCGUUCUGUUGGAGGUUUUGAGGAUCGCAUGAGCGACGAUGGAACCGCUAGCUUGGUAGGCUUCGGCGAAGGCGCAAACAGUACCGUCAGUGGCCCCAUUUACCAGCGACGACCCUUACCGGGGACUGCUGGUGCAAGUGGCGUGUGGGGCCUCGAGAGGAGCAGCUCUGGGCUUAGCCAGGAUGCUACAAUGAGAAAUCGAGAGAUGCGGGACCCGACUGGCAAUGACACUCCUCACAGCUCAACUGCUGCUGCCGAGAGACGGACAGCCAAAUACCUCGACGGUAUCGCAGAUGGCGGUGGUCGUGUUAGUACCACGGAUGACGAUAUGUUCGUCGACACUACCUCCCGAGGGCCCGUUCCUGUGCAGCCUGGCCAGCCACAAACGAGUGACCUCCGAGAAGGUGUUGGGGGUCCAGCCUCGCGCCAAGCUGCCGAGCGUAUCGUCCGGGAGCGUCUAGACAGUGGCGAGGGCCAGUCACCUAUCCUGAGCGUGCCGAAAACCCAUGAUAACUUGGGUAAGUUCUACUUCGAGGACAAGAUAUAG